AUGAAAUCGACCAUCUACUCCAAGGUCUUCACGGUAAUCAUCUCUCUCUUGGGCAUUACCAACGGCCUCGCCAUCAUCCGCGGAGAUGCUCCUUCCCUGAACGUCUCCAUCGGAGGUUCUAUCAACCCCAUUGGCAACGCCCCUACUCCCCUGAACGUUUCUAUCGGCGGCGAGAUCAACCCCAUCGGUGCUCGCAACAUUCUCCGUGACCUUGAUGACUCCAACUCGAACGGCGCUCCUUUGAACAUUUCCAUUGGUGGCUCUAUCAACCCUAUUGGCAAUACCUCUUCUUCUCUCAAUGUCUCCAUCGGUGGCGAGAUCAACCCCAUUGGCAGUAAUCCCACUCCUCUCAACGUUUCUAUCGGCGGCGAGAUUAAUCCCGUUGGCACUCCUUUGGGAGACAGCGACUAG